AUGUCGGACUGUUUUGAUUACAGUAGCGAUGAUACCGAACAUGAUGAUCAAUAUGGCGACAAAGCAUUCGACAAUAAUCAAUAUGAUGAAGACGACUUCUAUCAUUCGGAUGAUCAACACAGCGGAAGAAUUCAAUUAUCUGAUUAUGCGAGUGAAGAGGAAUCAUUCAAUAGUAAUGUUGUUGACUCGCCCAGUGGGAAAACCAAGUUGUGGAAACCUAUUGUUCCUAAAGAAUUUAUGCCAGAUGUAGAUGCUACUUAUCAAUCAUUAGAGGAGGCGGUUGAAAUGUAUAAAUUAUAUGCAGAUAAAGCAGGUUUUGGUGUCAUGUUAAAUACAGUAACGAGGUUUGGUGACAAAACCAUUAAAAAAAUGUAUGUAGUGUGCAACAAAAUGGGUAAAAUACCUAACAGAUCAACUGACACUUUGGAUCCUGAGGGAACUGGAAGGAAUAAACGAAACUCAAACUUCAGAAUCACGGACUGCAAGGCAUUGAUAAAGUUUGAAAGGUUACUUAUGCGAACUAAUGCUUGUAAAAUAUAUGAGUUUGAAGAGAAGCACAACCACCCCCUAGAAACUAAAGAAGAAAGACGUUAUUCCAAACGUGCACGACGACUUAGUUAUAAAGACAAGGAGUUUAUAGUGUGUUCUUCAACAUAUACACAUAAGUUACAAGCUAGUUUGCAAGGAGGUUAUGAAAAUGUUGGCCCUGAAGCAAUUGAUUAUAAAAAUUUUAGAAGGAAGAUGGGAAACAUUAUAGGAGACAAGCAUGCACAACUGGUUGUUGACAAAAUGAACAUGAGGAAAGACAAGUUACCUAACUACACAUUUGAGUAUAAAUGUGUUGAUAGUGUGUUAAACGCAAGGUUUUGGGCGAAUGAAACCGAUAUGUUAUAUUACAAGAAGUUUAGAGAUGUGAUCUCAUUUGAUGCUACAUUCCGAACAAAUAAGUAUGGAAUGGCUUUUGUGCCGUUUACAGCCAUUGAUAACCACAAAUGUUCGAUAAACAUUGGAGUAGGUUUGUUAAGCAACGAGUCAAUAGAAUCUUAUCGUUGGUUGUUAGAAGCUUUUUUGAAAGCACAUGGAAAACACCCUCAAUUAGUGUUAACAGACCAAGAUCCAACAAUUCUACAGGCCGUUGAAGCAAUAUUUCCUAGUUCUAAUCAUCGUUUAUCAAUGAUUUACACAGUUUACCCAAUUUUUUUGAAAAACACUAAUUUUCAAAAGCGUUUUACUAAGCUUGUUUGGAAUGUCUACAUCGAGCCUGAAGUCUUUGAAUCAAGGUGGGAACUGCUUAUGAGAAGAUUCAAACUACAUGACAAAAGAUGGUUCAAAGACAUGUACAGGGAUCGAAAGCUUUGGAUUCCAGCCUAUUUUAAAGACAUGCCACUACACAGUCUGAUGAAAACUACUUCAAGGUCUAAAAGCGUCAACUCAUUUUUUAAUAAAUACUUUAACUCUGGUAAUUUGCUUAUCUAUUUCAUGAUGAACUACAACACUGCAAUUGGAAAGCAACGAAAUGGUCAACAGAAACUAGAACAUGAUACAAAAAAUGCAAAGCAUGAAAUGAUGCUUCCAAGUGGAUUACUAGAACAUGCAGCUACGGUUUACACUAAAACCGUUUUCUAUGAGGUCAAAAAGGAAAUAUUUAAAGCAGCCUGGUACUGUUCUAUUGACAGUGUUGAAAUGAUUGAUGGGUGA